AUGCCAACCCUGAGCGCCAGACCGAAACAAGGAAUUGAAACUCCUUUCAGGUCCACUUGUGAUUCUUACUUUUCUGAACGAGCAUUGGCACUGGCACCAAUGCGGAAUGUGACACAAGAAUUCGAUACCAGGGCCAUGAUUUGCAUGUCCACAAGUGCAAUGCUCGAUAUUCCAGCACUAACAUGUCCAGAUGGAGCAAGCAGCAACAGCGACGAAGAAGAUGAAACGAUUCCCACCUUUUCUCUCCUUCGGAGGAAACGUCAACGCGAUGAGAAAGAUACCGUCGCCACCAGCAUCACGAUGGCAUCAAGAAGGUCCUUCAAGAAGUUGCAAGAAGACUGUUCUUUCUCUCUGCACAUGUUAUCACCCAUUGACAAAACAGUUUUCAAAUCAGAAUGA